AUGGGAAUAACUGAACACAUUGAUAGGAUUGAUCUAGCAAUUUACCAACUUGAAGGGGAAGCAGAUCAUUGGUGGGCUCUAAUUCGGGAAUCUAGGGACAUCGCCGCAAUGACGUGGGCGCAGUUUAAGGAGUUAUUUUUGAGGAAGUACUUUCCAAACACAGUCAAACAAGAAAGAAUUCAUGAAUUUCUGAACCUAGAACAAGGCGCAAUGACAGUGACCCAAUACGUGGCAAAGUUCGAGGAGUUGGCGCGUUAUGCGACUCGAUACAUAGAAAACGAUGAAGACAAAGCACGAAAAUUUGAAUGGGGUCUAGUCCCUACAAUUCGAGGAAGAGUUUUACCCAUGCGACUUCCCACUUUUGCAGAUGUAGUUGACACAACACUUGAUUCAGAACGGGAGGUGGCAGAUUCCAAGAGGAUUUGGAGUUUGAUGAAAGAAAACAAUCAUUCCAAUGUGGGACCCGAAAGAAAUAGUCGAAGGCAUGUAGCACAGAAGCCGUAUUCAAGGGAACCCCAACAACCCCAACAAUCGCAACAACAAAAUCUGAAGGAGAGUUUUCAAACAAGGCCAGCUGGGUUGAUCCAGUGCUAUCAUUGUCAACAGAUGGGACACAGGAGGUUUGAAUGCCCCCAAUUGGCCGGAAAGAAUGCCCCCAACUGGCCGAAAAUCGAGGAGAGCGCUCGAGAGCAAAUACGCAGGUUAUUGGCGGGCAGCAACCAUGGGUAA